CCUCAAGAGACACAAAAGAAGACUGAUGAAGUAGUUGAAGAGGCAGAUGAUGAGGAGGAAGAGGAGGAGGAAGAGGAGGAGGAAGAAGAGGAGCCAGGAGAAGAGGGAGUAGAUCUUUUAGCAACGGUUAGUGAAGAAGAUCCUGUACCCAUGGAUAUGUCAACAGCCAUCCCUGCAUGGAGUUUUCGUUCCUCUACAAUGCUUCUCCCAGUCAAUUGUGCUAUCGCUGUUGCCAGUAAUACUCGGUGGCCUGGAGCUUAUGCUCUUGCUCGGGAUAGGGCAUUUACAAAUGUUUACCUGGGUUGGGGCAAAAAGCAUAUUAUCAAUGGCAGUAAAGUACCGGGACCACCUGAAUUCUUAAAGGAGUUCGACGAUAAAUUAGGAAACUUGAUAGAGACGAGCGAUCCAACAGAGCAAGAGCUCGAGGAAGCUCGGCUAAGGCGUCAAGCGCGAGAAGCUGCGAAGAUGGAUGAAAGUGAAAGUGAAGAAAUGGAAGAAGAAGAGGAGACGGAUUGA